AUGGACAAGCCCUUGAUCGUGGAAAGCAAUCAGCCGUUUAUCAGCAAGAUUAAGCCUGCAGAUCCAGAUAAGCGCAUCACCCCGCGGUAUCUUACGAAGUUUGAACAGGCUCGCAUCCUUGGAACCAGAGCAUACCAGCUCUCAAUGGGAGCUCCAGCUCACAUAACAAUCACAGACAAAGGCGGCCACCUGGACCCCCUCGUACUGGCGCGCCGUGAGCUGGCCAAUAACGCUAUCCCCAUAAUCAUCCGCAGACACCUGCCAGAUGGUACAUACGAGGAUUGGAAGCUCAGCGAGUUACAUAUCAUUGACUAG